GCGCCGACUGAUGAUGAAGGCUGCCUUUUCUCCUCCUCCUCCUCGUUUGCUGGGGGAGGCGUGAGUGGCUCGAGCAGGGAGCCCUGCUAGGGCAACUGGACGUGGGGGAUCUACCGGCCGGUCUGCUCUGGGAAGCGAGGAAAGGGCUGCAGGUUCUCUGGUAAUUAAUUCAAGAUGUCUGGGCGUUCUGUGGUCUCGUUCAGCGGUGUGGACUCAUGCCUCUCUUCUCUGAAAAGCUGCCAGUCGUACAUUAACUCUGGAAUGGAUAUCACUACAAACGUUGCUCUUGACCUUGUGGAACAUCAGAAUGACCUGGAAGAAGUGAAUGAGAUGGAAAAGGUGAUGUUAGACUAUGCAGCCAUGAGCAGAGAUGUAAGCCAUUAUAUGCAAGCAGUUGAAGAUACUGUAAAUCAGAUAAAGCGAGAGAAACCAGAAACAGUACCACAUUUGAAAGAUUUAGUCCAAGAGAAGUUUAUGACUCUGGAGGAAACAAACAAUGACCUUCAACUGAAGAGAAAUGAGAAAUUCGUCCAUUUUAAGGAGCAGCUGAAGCAAAUGAAAAUACAGUUUGGUGUUCCGCUGGACGCAGGAGAAAGUCAGGCCAACGAACAAGUCGAUGAAGAUCUAACUGUGACGCAAAGCCAGAUGAAUUUCAUAUGCCCCAUCACACAGGAGGAAAUGAAGAAACCAGUAAGGAACAAAACCUGCGGUCACACCUACGAGGAGGAGGCCAUCCUGAAAAUAAUCAUGCACAAAGAGAAACAGAAGAAGAAAGCUUGCUUCCUAACGGCAAGUCCAACACUGCGAUCUUGGGAGAGAGGCACCGUUGUGGAACCCCACUCAUAGUUUCAUCGUGACACAUGUGCAAAAGUUUUGCCGCAUUCCGGAGGCUGAAUCCCCUUCCACCGAGGAUACAAAGACGAAGCGCUGGUAUGCUCCACAGUUUAAAGCCAGCAUGGUUUUUUUGGAAAUGUCAAAACAACAUUUCAACGCAUCUGAGAGUUUAAAAAUACUGACAAACAGCCUGUCUGAGAAGUGUUGGCUGGAAUCGUCUUGUGCCACUGGAGUACGGUCCCCCACCCCCUCUGCCUUUGAAUUCCUUUCCAGCUGAGUCAUCCCAGUAGUAUUCUGUUGUCAGGCGUCUACGCUACCACCCAAGCAGUGAGACAAGUUGUCACCCACAAAACGCUUGCCAGAGCGCAUGAAGCAGCACACAGCCAAGGGGGCGUCGGUUGCAUAGUAAUUCACCCCCACUUCCAAUAAAGUUUGAAAAAUGGUCA